CUGGAGGCCACUUGAGAGCUGAAUGGCCUUGAAAAACCUCUCCCGGCCUCUCUCUGCAGUCCAUUCAGGUCCUGGGACUGGAAAGACCUUUGGAGGCCCAGAGACCAGCAGGCCCCUCGUGGAUCUGUGCCGGAGAACGGAGCGAAAAUGGAUGCAGCCCAGCCAGCGUGCAAGGGAGUGGGAACAGGCCCUGCCGCUGCUCAGCCUGGGAGCGGUGGGGAGGGCUGGGCAGGACGUGGGCAGAGGAUCCGGGAGGAGGAAGCCCUCAGUUCCGAGAUGCAGCAUUGGCACUUCAGGAAUAGUCCCCUUCAGGAGGCCGAGGGGCCGCGCGAGCUCUGCAGCCGCCUCCACCACCUUUGCUGGGGGUGGUUGCAGCCAGAGAAACACACCAAGGCUCAGAUGUUAGACCGGGUGAUCUUGGAGCAGUUCCUGGCCAUCCUGCCCAGGGAGAUGCAGCACUGGGUGCGGGAGUGCCGAGCAGAGACCAGCUCCCAGGCGGUGGCCCUGGCGGAAGGCUUCCUCCUGAGCCGGGCGGCGGAGAAGGAGCAGGAAGGACGCCAGGUUCCGUGGCCCUUCCUGGAGGUGGGCACUAAUUGUCCUGAGGAAAGGGUGGAUCCCGCAAAUCCCUCUCAGGAGCCGUGUUUCCGAGGGAUCUCCAAGGAGGAAGGGAGCAAAAUGGAGUCACCGUUAUUCAUUGGAUCAUCUCCUUGUACUGGUGGCGCUGAAAGAGCAGCUGGACCUCCAGCUCAGGGAUCCUUCCUCGUUCAGGUUCCUGUGUCCUUUGAGGAGGUGGCCGUCCAUUUCACCAAUGAAGAGUGGUCGCUGCUGGAUCCCAGCCAAAAAGCCCUGCACCGGGAAGUCAUGUUGGAGACGUCUAGGAGCAUGGCCUCCUUAGGUGAGGGUCCCUCUGGGGGAAGAUUAAGUCAGAUUGAUGGUCAGGAGAAUGAAAAUUACCAAGAGCCAAGUGUGAGGCCAUCACAGAUAAUCAAAAUUGAAACACCAGAAGAGAUGUCUGCAAAUAAGUGGGGAAGGAGGAGAUGCGAGAAAACCCAACCUUACAAUUGGAGAGGAAAAUCCACUCUUGAAUGUGAGGAAAUGGAUCACUUCCUGACCCAACGUGAUUGCAAGGAAAGCAAUAUGGGAAAGUGUCGAGGAAGGGGGAACAUAUUCCAAGCAAAGUCCAAUUUCAGUAACCACUGCGAAUCUGGGAAGAGCUUCGGCAAUAAUAACCAUGUUACUCCCCAUAAAAUCGUCCAUGGAAGGGAGAAGCCCUAUAAAUGUGUGGAGUGUGGAAAGAGCUUUAGGUGGAGAGGUAAUCUAACUGCCCAUAAAAGGAUCCAUUCAGGGGAAAAACCCUAUAAAUGCACAGACUGUGGAAAAAGCUUCCGUAUGAAAAGUUCCCUUAUUUUUCAUAAAAGGAUCCAUACGGGAGAGAAACCCUAUAAAUGCCUGCAGUGUGGGAAAGGCUUCACCACAAGCAGUGAGCUUACCUCCCAUCAAAGGAUCCACACAGGAGAGAAACCCUAUAAAUGCCUGCAGUGUGGAAAGAGCUUCAGUCAUAGUGGUUCCCUUACUUCCCAUAAUAGGAUCCAUUCAGGGGAAAAACCCUAUAAAUGCAUGGACUGUGGAAAAAUCUUUAGUAUGAACAGUUCCUUUACUUUUCAUAAAAGGAUCCAUACAGGAGAGAAACCCUAUCAAUGCCUGGAGUGUGGAAAGAGCUUCACCACAAGCAGUGAGCUUACUUCACAUAAAAGGGUCCAUACAGGAGAGAAACCCUAUAAUUGCACGGAAUGUGGAAAAAACUUCAGUCAUAGUGGUUCCCUUACUUCCCAUAAAAGGAUGCAUUCAGGGGAAAAGCCCUAUAAAUGCAUGGACUGUGGAAAAAGCUUCAGUUUGAACAGCUCCUUUACUUUGCAUAAAAGGAUCCACACAGGAGAGAAGCCCUAUCAAUGCAUAGAGUGUGGGAAGAGCUUCAGCCAUAGUGGUUCCCUAACUUCCCAUAAAAGGGUCCACACAGGAGAGAAACCCUAUCAAUGCCUGGAGUGUGGAAAGAGCUUCAGCAACAGCAAUCACCUGACCUCCCAUAAAAGGAUGCAUUCAGGGGAAAAACCCUAUAAAUGCACAGACUGUGGAAAAAGCUUCAGUUUGAACAGCUCUUUUACUUUUCAUAAAAGGAUCCACACAGGAGAGAAACCCUAUCAAUGCAUAGAGUGUGGGAAGAGCUUCAGCCAUAGUGGUUCCCUAACUUCCCAUAAAAGGAUCCACACGGGGGAGAAACCCUAUCAAUGCCUGGAGUGUGGAAAGAGCUUCAGCAACAACAGUCAUCUGACCUCCCAUAAAAGGAUCCACUCAGGGUUGAAACCUUAUUUAUGCAAUGAAUGUGGGAAGAGUUUUAUAUCAAGCAGCUCCCUUACUAAUCACAUUAGUAUCCACACAGGGGAGAAACUGUAUCAGUGCAUGGAGUGUGGGAAAAGCUUCAGGUUGAAAACUCACCUAACCUCCCAUAAAAGGGUCCACACAGUGGAGAAACCCUAUCAGUGUACAGAGUGUGGAAAGAGCUUCAGUCAUAGUGGUUCACUUACUUCCCAUAACAGGAUCCACACGGGGGAGAAAAAAUACACAUGCAAUUUGUGUGGAAAGAACUUCAGGUGGAGGAAUCAACUUACUUCCCAUAAAAGGAUGCAUUCAGGUGAAAAACCCUAUAAAUGCAUGGACUGUGGAAAAAGCUUCAGUAUGAACAGUUCCCUUAUUUCUCAUAAGAGGAUCCAUACGGGAGAGAAACCCUAUCAAUGCAUAGAAUGUGGGAAGAACUUCAGCACAACCAAUGACCUUACUUCUCAUAAAAGGGUCCACACAGGAGAGAAACCCUAUCAGUGCAUAGAAUGUGGGAAGAGCUUCAGCAUGAACAGUUCCCUUACUUGUCAUAAAAGGAUCCAUACAGGAGAGAAAAAAUAUGAAUGCAUGUUGUGUGGAAAGAACUUCAUGUGGAGGAAUCAACUUACUUCCCAUAAAACGAUGCAUACAGGGGAAAAACCGUAUAAAUGCCUGGAGUGUGGGAAAAGCUUCAGUUUGAACAGUUCCCUUACUUCUCAUAAAAGGGUCCAUACAGGAGAGAAACCCUAUAAAUGCACAGAGUGUGGAAAGAGCUUCAGCACAAGCAGUGACCUUUCUUCCCAUAAAAGGGUCCACACAGGAGAGAAACCCUUUCAGUGCACAGUGUGUGGAAAGAGCUUCAGUGUGAACAGUUCCCUUACUUCUCAUAAAAGGGUCCACACAGGAGAAAAACCCUUUCAGUGCACAGAAUGUGGAAAGAGCUUCAGUAUGAACAGUUCCCUUACUUCUCAUAAAAGGAUCCAUACGGGAGAGAAACCCUAUCAAUGCAUAGAGUGUGGGAAGAGCUUCAGCACAAGCUGUAACCUUACUUCCCAUAAAAGGAUCCACAGGGAGAAGCAACCAUAGAAAUGCUUUGAAUGUGGAAAGAGUUUUUG